AAGAACUACCCUGGUACUUACCCAAACUUCACAUCCUGCCAGUGGAGCAUUCAAGGGGCUACAGGAAGACAGCUUACCUUUGCUUUUGGAGAUAUGGACAUCGAAGCAUCGGAACAAUGUAAAUCUGGAUUCUUACUGCUUUCUUCAUCAUCAUCAGAUGGUUCCAGCUUUGGCCCAUACUGCGGCAACUCAAAUCCACCACAGGCAGCCUUGGUGAUGAACUCCACCUCAGUAACCAUCUUGUUCAACAGCACGACACAUCACUCUGGCCGCGGCUUUCUCCUGUCUUACACCAGUGGUAACCAGCCAGGUCUGAUCUCAUGUUUGAAGAAGGGUAUCCAUUAUGACAAGGAACUAAUCAGAGCUUAUUGCCCUGCAGGCUGCAAGGAUGUGACAGGAGACAUCUGGGGCAACGUGGACCAAGGCUACCGAGAUACGUCAGUCCUCUGCAAAGCCGCUGUCCAUGCUGGCAUGAUCCUAGAUGAACAAGGAGGAGAGAUCACUGUGUCACAAGGAAAAGGGAUCUCUCUCUAUGAGUCAGCUUAUGCCAAUGGACUACACUCCAAAAGGGGGUCUUUAUCUGAAAAGCGCCUCCUCUUUCACAAAGCUUGUGCUGGGACUCUAGACAUUGCUAGCUUCAAUGCUUCGUCCUGUUGGCGUGAACAGGAUGCCGUGGGGCAAAAUAAAGUCUGGGCAGCUGAACAAGCUGCUCUGGGUGCAGAUGGCGCCUCCUGGGCAGCAGAUCAGAACUCUGCAGACGAGUGGCUCGAAGCAGACUUGGGAGGAAGGAGGAACAUCACAGGUAUCAUAACCAAAGGAUCUCCUCAGCACAAUUAUUACGUGAAGUCCUACCAGAUUCUCUCCAGCAGGGAUGGCAAGAACUGGAAAGUCUACAAAUCCAGUGGCGCUACUGAGGAGAAGAUCUUUGUAGGCAACAGCAACAGUCACCAAACGGUCUACAAUGCUUUCAUCCCACCGAUCCUGGCCCGCUACCUGCGUGUCACACCCAAGGACUGGAACCAGAGGAUUGCUUUGAAAGUAGCCCUGUUGGGAUGCCAGCCUGCCCGCCUGAAGGCUCUACGCCCCUACAGCGAUAGUGGAAUCCACAGUGGGCCCCUGGAAGUUCCUGGCUUGACCAGCAGUCCUGCCACUUUCACCACAGUCCCAGGGAUAGCAAUUAAUUCAGCAAAAACAGGGCCCCCUUUGCUGGUGAUGCUGCUCAUUGGGGGAUUUGUUCUCUUCUCCUCUGCCCUCUUGUUGCUGGUUUUUCUCUGUCACAAGAAGAGGAAGACAGCAGUAGAUCAGGAUUGCAGCCUCAUCAAAGCUUCUGCUUUAGGUUACCCAGCGCUAGAAGCAAGCCAGGUCUGUUCCAGGGAGAACCUGCACUUGUCCACCGCUGAAAUCACCUUGUUCCCCGGGCCGGAGACCACAGGAAUUCACAGUGGAGCUCAGUCCCCAGAAUACGCUGAGCCAGAUGUGGUCCAGGUCAGUCCGGCCAGCCAGACCGCUCCAUCCACAUUCAAGCCUGUCCCGGAGGAAGGCUACACGCUCCCCCUGGUGGUGAAUCACUACGAUGUUCCCGGCAAGUACCACGAGUAUGCCGAGCCUUUGCCACCGGAGCCGGAGUAUGCCACCCCUUUCACAGACCAGCCGUCGGCAGAGCCAGAGGGCUAUCCCUACCAGAAGAGUCCCUGUGUCAUCAAAGUCAUUUCCUCUUCCCUGAGCCAGGCAAGCUCCCUUACGUCCCCAGGUUGCUCAGAACAGUAUGACUUCCCUGCUCAACGACCAACAGAGACCCUGGACAGCAAAGCGAGCGAGACUGGCCCUGGCUAUACGGAGCCUCCGGGCAAUCAGCCUCUUAGCCCAAUAGAUGGGUUCUCAGCUGCACAACCAGCUACCUCGCCGGAGGGGCGCUCUUUCCAGCUCAGGCACUCCCCUCUUGCACAUGUGUAUCAUGAGCCCUUGUGAGAUACAACAGAAGAACUGCUAAAAGCCUACUAACCAGGCUGCGAAGAAGAUGGUCUGCAUUAAAGAGCUGGGGAUUUUCGUGACAAAGAUGUGAGGUCUGAUUCCAAGUCAGGCUUGCUUGUUCCCCCCAGUGCAAUGUCCUCUCCUCUGACUAGCGAUCGCUCUCCCGAAGGGUUAGCUGUAGCACUGGGCAGAGUAAGGCAGCUGCCCUGAAUGGCUGAUGCUGGGAGAGAGGUGGGGUGAUGGAUGUCCUUCAAGCCUACAGAGUUUCCUUCUCUUGGAAGACAGAGCAGAUUGUGCCAUACAGCUAAAUCUGCAGGAAAGUAGACU